AUGAGUGAAGAAAAUAUUACGUACAAAAAGGCUUUAGAACUUUAUUUGAGAAAUGAAAAGGAGAAUAAGAAGAAAGAGGAAACUGAAGUUAUCACAAUAAAUAGCAGCAAGAAUAAGAAUAAAAAUACAGUUAGAACAUACAGCAGCGUAGUAAAAAGUACAGUGGAAGUACAUUCAGUAAACAUUCAAGAUAAGGAAAAUAAUUUGAAUAGUGAUGCAACAAAAAAAUCUAAUCCUACAAAGAAAAAAAGAAAGAAAGUAAUUAAGGAUAAAAUACCAAACACACAGGAGGAAACAUCAAUGGAUUGUGAAGAUUCGAGCUCAGAGAACGAAGAUAGUAUAGAUAAGAUAACUGAGAAAGAUGAAGAUAAAGAAAAAGCAGAAAGUUUAACAUCUAAACACUAUGAUUUUUUUUUAAGUCAAAUUAUCCUCGCAGCUAAUAGGCGCAUUCCUUUACUAAGAUUAAAUACUGGUCCAACAAACAAAUUUAAACCAAGAGAAUUCUGGUGUUCAUCUUUAUCUAAAUUAGUGGCAGAACGAAGACUGGCUUUGGGGAAUUUUAGAAGAAAUCCAACUCCUGAUAAUCUCGAAAUAUUGGAGAGCAAAGUUACGGCGGUAAGGGAACAGCUUUGGUUGGCGAAAGGUUGCAGUUGGAGGAAUUUUUGUGGAAGUAUUGAUGAGUGUACAUCUAUCUUAGACAUGUGGAACAAGAUGCAAUGGUUUAAAGGACUUCGGCAUACCCAGCUCUCGGUUCCAGAUGAUAAACAAAAAGAAUUACUUCGAUCUCUAACUCCAGACUCUGUGUCUAAUUGCGCCCCUACUUUAAUUUCAAAUAAUGAUCUUCUCGAGACUCCUUUUAUCUUACAAGAAUUAGAAAGUUGUUUAAAGAACCGAGACACUGCUCCAGAUUGGCGAUUGGUGCCAGAAAUUCUUCAGGGGGACUUUAUA